AUGAUCACAUUACUUGCAUUUCAACUUGGCCAUUGUGAUCGAUUAGAUGAUUUGAUGAAAAAACAUUGGCAAUAUUGUGGACAAAGUUUACAUCGACGUACAACAUUAAUGCCAAACAAAACAACAACAACAACAACAACGACGACGUCGACGUCGACGGUGGCAAAAAUAACCGGUGAUAAUAAUCAAUUCUCAAAUGAAAAUAAUCAAACAUUUUUUGAAGCACGAUUCGAUUUUAUACUCAAAUCUCAACGCGUCUGUUCAUUUGAUUUCGAUAAUGACGAUGAAAGUGAAAGCAAUGAAUUAUCUGCACGAAUUGUUGGUGGUCAAAAUGCUGAACGACAUGAAUUUCCAUGGCAAAUUUCAUUACGACGUUAUAGUAAAACAUUAAAUAAAUGGUAUCAUUCAUGUGGUGGUGUUAUAAUCGAUUCCCGUUGGAUUCUUACCGCUGCACAUUGUGUUCUCGGUGCCAAAGAUCCUGACCAUUUUCGUGUUCGUGUUGGUGAAUAUGAUUACAGUAUGGAUGAAAAUUAUGAAAUGGAUUUCAAUGUUAGCCAUAUAUUUGCUCAUCGUAGUUUUAAUUUUCAAACUGUUGAAUCGGAUAUUUGUCUGUUGAAAUUAAAGGAAGAAAUCGAUUUCGGUCCUGAUUCGAAUAUUCGUCCAAUAUGUUUUCCACAGAUUCGAGCCAAACAAGCAAAAACAGAUGCCGAUGUUGUUAAACCUUCAACGUGUAUAUCAACAGGAUGGGGAAAAACUGUUUUUCGUGAGUUUGAACAAGACGGAGAAUUUCCAAAAAUUUUACAAAAAGUUUGUGUAGAUAUUGUCGAUCAUCAAGAUUGUCGUCGACGUUAUGCUGAAAUUAUCAAUGUUACCGAAACAAUGAUUUGUCUUGGUGAAGGUGGUAGUGGAACAUGUGAAGGUGAUUCUGGUGGACCAUUUCAAUGUAUAAAUAAUAUUACAAUGAUUACGAAUGAUACGGUUGAACCACGAUGGUCACUAUAUGGAUUAACAUCAUGGGCAGUUGGAUGUGCUGAAGAUCAAUAUCCAUCGGUAGCGACCAAUAUUGCCGUAUUACGUGAUUGGAUUUAUGAACAAAUAUCACAGCUCGAUCUAUCACCAUCAUCAUCAUCAUCA